CCACCCGAUAACAGAGGACUGUUUUGAGCAAAGAUGCCAUGGCUUUCUGGGAUUUGUACUUUGUGGUUGUUGGGGUUUGUGGUUUUGGCACAAAACUUCAAUGUUGUAUCACCACAGAAAAAUGUGAUUCCAGCACAGAAUUUCAACCAAAGAACAGGAUUGAAAACCGAUUGUCUGGGAAGUUAUAUGCGGCUAACAGUAGAUAAAUCUCUAGCUUUUGGAAGUCUGGUUGAAUUUGAUGUCAUGAAUGGCUCCCAAAUUGAACCUUUAACUCCAAGCCUGGCUUCUAAAUGUGGCUUUAGUAUAGACUCUGAUCCCUGGGGUAACUACAGAGUCUUUGCAUCUCUCUUCAACUGUUUUGCAGAGAAUGAGGAUGAUCACCUGUUUGAUAUUAACAUGCGUGUCCGAGUGCGUGGUGUCAAAGCGGAACAAGACGUCUUUCAGGUGGAGAAGACCUGUACACAUGACCAGUGGGCCCCCCGUGAAGUUCUUUGCGAUCGGAAUUAUAUGGAGGUUUCCGUUAACCGAUUGCCGGGAGAAAUUACAGCCAUGCGUAGGCAGCCAAAGAUGGCUGAAAGGCAAGCAAAGGGUGAUUACCAGUGGCCUGAUACAGUUUCUGAGGCUAUUACUUCAAAAUACAACAUCUGGCGGAUGGUGUUUUUUACGCCAAAACAAAAAGCCAUGGUGUUGGAAGAUGCCCUAAAGGCAGGAUAUGGAGUAAUAACAACCAAGUCUCGAUUGGUGCUACGAAGUGGUUUUGACAUGCCUGAGACCUAUGUAGAAAAUGUGAAUGGAAUACCAAUGAAGGUGAUAAAGGUGACUACCUACUUCAAGAGACAAUGGUCCGUAACCAUGUUGGAUACUGUUGCUGCAUGUCCAGUUGGUGGCCUUUCUUUUACCGAUGAAAUGAUCACCUGGUACUUCCCCCGAGUUAAUCCAUUAAUGACUUCUACUGAGGCCAAUAUUCUUGGGAUGUUCAUGGGAAUUGAUGGAAGUCAAAUAGACUCUGCGCAAAUGGCCACUAGAGGAUAUAUCUUGACAAUAGAAGGCAAUAAUAUUGUAAUGAAAAUACCAAUUGGUGGACCAGAUGGCUACUACAAGAGUCAUGCUGUAGAUAACCAGUACAACAUAAGAUACUACAUCGAGCCAAUGCUGCAGUUACUGUGGAGUGAGGGAGGCAUGGAUUCUACUAAAUACAGAGUCCUCUUCCCCAUCAAGACUCCUUUCAUGCCUAGACCACCCCAAUUUGUUGACCUCACUGAUGUAGACAAAAGGAUGUUUGAUGUGAUCCUGGGUCCUUUCCUUUAUGACGUCGAGUUGGUAAACAUCACCUUUUCCGCUGGAGUCCUUACUUUGGCAGAGGCCAAUGUGAGGGGAUUCAACAUACAGGAACAGCGCUUUCAAAAUGGCUCCAAGGCGUUUAGACUUCAAGUCCCCUUCUCUGAUUCUUUUGUUGUUAGAACUCAAACUGAUUUGCUGCUUACGGUUUAUAAUCUUCGCCUUGUCUACGGUUUUAUGAUCUUCCCUGAAUCAAUUUCAUUCUCCUACAUUGCAACGGUUGACGUAACCCUUCAAGAUAUCACUCUCCCAACUGUGGGUGGAUCCUGUGAUAAGGAAAAGUUCUACAUAACGAUUUCAUAUGGAAAUCUGGGCAAAAACUUUAAUAUUAUGCUGGGAAAGCGUGACCUGACACCAGACCUGAGUGCAGAGUAUGACAUAAAGGAGAACGUUAGUCACAUGAGCUUGGUGGUGCCUUUCCUAGCAUUUGAUGUUGCGUUUGAGCUGAUGUACCCAUCAUCCUUGAGGGCACGGCUUGAUGUGUUGCUUUGGGAGCCCGUCAACAAAUGGACCCUUAGUGAUUUCUCCCUGGCUUGCAAUUUUCCCAUGACCAUGACUGAGUGUUUUAGCAAUGGCUCCAUGUCAGCCCUUGCAGUAAAGGUAGAAUCUGUACCCCAGCUUAACCCCAGUCAACUUACCCUGAGAGAUCACUCAUGCAGACCCAAAUUCAGCAACGACCGCUUUGCCUACUUCUCUUAUGACGCAAACGGUUGUGGAACCACUAGAAAGUUUUAUGAUGGUGUCAUGAUGUAUCAGAAUGAAAUCAUUUUGGGUAACGGGCCACCAGUUUACCAGCAGGGUAAAAGUGGAGUAACCACUCUACCUCCUGAUCCAGAGUAUCGAGUGACCGUGUCCUGCUUUUACACGCUAAAUGAUACCCAGACGAUUGCGUUUUUCACAAAGCCGCGGGAAAAUGAACCUUUGCCGGAGACUGGUUUUGGGGAGCUGCAUGUUGUACUGAGACUUGCUUUGGAUGGAUCUUAUAAUAAUUUCUAUGCAGAGGAGGAUUACCCAGUUGUACAGUACUUAAGAAGUCCUCUGUUCUUUGAGGUGGUGCUGCUUCGGUCCACUGAUCCUCAGAUAGAACUAGUUUUGGAGAGUUGUUGGGCUACUCUGAAAGAAGACCGGAUUUCUACUCCAAGAUGGGACUUGAUUGUAGAUGGCUGUGUGAAUCUGGCUGACAAUUACGAGACCAUUUUCCACCCUGUGACUCCUGGUGGGGUUCCGUACCCAUCUCACGUGAAACACUUUGAAAUCAAGAUGUUUACUUUUGUGCAGAAUCAUGUCAUGCUCCAAGAUCAGAUUUAUGUACACUGUGAUGCUGUGCUCUGUGAUGCCAAUCAGAAUGACGGAAUCUGUAAGAGACUGUGUCCAUCUCCCAUUCCUUUAAAAACCGGAAAUAAAGUACGAAGAGAUGCUACUAAUGACCAGAACCAGAAAGCGCAGCUGUCAACAGGCAAAAUUCUGCUCUCUGCCUCUUAGUCCAUUGAUUUUGCAACCUUAAUAAAGUCUUUCAAAAAAGC